AUGGGGUGGGUGUUGAACGCGUCCCCUCAAGUCGAGCAAUCAUCCGAAUACCCAAAGAUUAUAGGAAUUACAGUGACAUUGACGGUACUCGCAUUGACUAUUGUCGCUGCUCGACUGUACAUCCGAUGGAAGGCUCGAGGUAUGGCAGGUGAUGACUGGAUGUCUGCCUUGUCUAUGAUCUUUGCAUUGGUAUACUCCUGUAUCUGCAUCGCUCAGACACGAUAUGGCCUGGGCCUACCGAUUCCCGACCGACCGAAAGAGAACCUCGUUCCAUAUACACGGAUAAACUUUGCUGGUAGACCCUUCUACCAACUCGGUAUCAGUUUCUUCAAGAUUGCGCUGUUGAUCAGCUACCUGAGGCUCUUACGUGGUACGGACCAGAAGACCUACAGGAAUGUCAUCUGGUUCACAAUAGCCCUUGUGUUUAUGUCACAUCUUGGCUGUACACUGGCACUUGUAUUCUCAUGCAGUCCAGUUGACAAGUCUUGGAAUCCGCUCAAAGAAGGGCAUUGUCUUCCUCCGGGGCCAUCCUUUACUGGAUACGCCGUUGUGACAAUCGUCUCCGACAUUGUGGUUGCUAUUUUACCAAUCCCCGUACUGGUUAAGCUCGAAAUCAAGCUGGCAAAAAAAGUUGGCCUCAUCGCCAUCUUUACACUGGGCAUAUUUACAACAGUUUGCUCAAUCCAGAGAUAUCGACAGAUUGACCGAAUUCAAAACCCCAAAGACGGCAACUCCACGAUGCUGGUUCUUUGGGGGACCAUUGAGUUCAACGUUGGAAAUAUUGUGUCAUCUCUUCCUUUCCUCGCACCAAUAUUCAUCAAGAGAGCCAGGGAAUAUCGAUCCAAGCCAUCCAGCCACAAUACUCCGAACCGAAGUAAGAGAUUGGGGAGCAAUGGGUACAAGCUCAAGGAUCUCAGCCACAAAGGGAAUAGGGAACCAUCUGUCUUCACAUCGACCCACAAUAGCUCCCAGGAGAACAUCUUGCAUGGCGGUAUUGUCAAGUCUAUUACGUACAGUGUCGAGGUGGACAAGGCAAAGUCUGAUAGCCUGGAGCCAAAUAGCAAACAUCUAUAG